ACUUAAGAAUGAGAAUUGCAUUUUGAGGCUUAUCUCUCUUCAAGCUUUCAUUAAGUUAACAUGACACCUAUUCAACUUAUUCUCUUCAGAAGGAUACUCCUAUAAUGAAUGCUUGGUUGCUUAGCAGUCCAUCAGAAAAUGCUGAGUCUUCUGCUCUGCAACAGCCCUCUGGUUUGCAACAGUCUUCUGAUACUUUACAUGACUUUACUUCUACAACAACGGUUUCUACUCAACACCAGGAUCAUGCACCUAAAACUACACCAACUGAUGACUUCACACAACUUAUAGAGUCAAAUGAUACUCCUGCGGAGUUAACAGAAUCAAAUGAAACAGCUUCAGGCUUGACUACUCCUGCUUCUCCUACUCAGCGUGGUAUGCGUCACUAUGCGAGAAUAAUUGCGGAGAGCUUCGGUGGCAAACCUCAGCCAUGGCUCCUCGACAGAAUGAUGGCUGGUGCUCUAGAGAGUAUUUAUUACUUUGUCAACGGAGCCAAUGCAAUCAACAAGCGUACAGUAGUUCAUAGGGUCAUCGAUAACCCAUCAAUCACAGUUUCAAACCACAAAUACCUCGAUGAUGAGGAAGAGGAAGAAUAAGCUUAAGGAGAAGCUGAAGGAGAGGGAUUGUAAUAGGGAGCUUUAAGACUUUACUAAACUCUGUUUUUGUGUCUUUACCUUGCAUCCUUUUUGAAACUCCAAGGUUUUGGUUUUGUCUAAUGAAUCUGUGUCUUAAUG